AUUGGUUCUAGCCGAUCAUGUGACAAUCCAAGAUGGCGUUGCCCGGCGAGGCGGAGGAAGAGGCGACAGUUUACCUGGUAGUGAGCGGUAUCCCCUCUGGGUUGCGCUCGGCCCAGCUACGGAGCUAUUUUAGCCAGUUCCGGGAACAGCCGGGCGGUGGCUUCCUCUGUUUCCAUUACCGGCAUCGGCCGGAGCGGGCCCAUCCGCAGGCCACUCCCGACUUUGUCCCCACUUCUGCCAAUCCUGAUGCUGAGGGUCAGGUUCUCUCUCAGACUGCGGUCACCGAUGCCCGAAGUCUCUCCACUCGGAAUACUGCUCCUGCUCAGACCCGCACCUGCUGCUGCGUCAUCUCUGUUCGGGGGUUGGCUAAAGCCCAGAGGUUUCUUCGCAUGUACUCAGGACGCCGGUGGCUGGAUUCUCUAGGAACUUGGCUCCCGGGUCGCUGUGUCAUCCACCGACUUAGGCUACCCACUGAGGCAUCAGGUUUGGGCUCUUUUCCAUUUAAGACCCGGAAGGAACUACAGAAUCGGAAGGCCAAUAAUGAAGUCUUCACCCUGGCUGACCUGAGGCAGCUGCCAGAACUGAACCCACCAGUGCUGAUGCCUAAUGGGAAUGUGGGGACUCCCCUACGGGUCUUUUUGGAGUUAAUUCGGGCCUGCCGUCUACCACCCCGAAUCAUCACCCAGCUGCAGCUCCAGUUCCCUAAGACAGGGUCCUCUCGCCGCUACGGCAAUGUGCCCUUUGAGUAUGAGGACUCAGAGACUGUGGAACAAGAAGAGCAUGUGUACACAGCCGAGGGCGAGGAAAUACCCCAAGGAACCUGCCUGGCAGAUACAUCAGCUGGUCCUUAUGAAGAGCUAGAGGAUGAAAGGGAAGAGGAGGAAGAAGAGUCUCACUCAGAUGAUGAUGAUGACCGGGGUGAGGAGUGGGAGCGACAUGAAGCACUGCAUGAAGAUGUGACUAGGCAGGAGCGGACCACUGAACGGCUCUUUGAAGAGGAGAUUGAGCUUAAGUGGGAGAAGGGUGGCUCUGGCCUAGUAUUCUACACUGAUGCCCAGUUCUGGCAGGAGGAAGAAGGAGACUUUGAUGAACAGACAGCUGAUGACUGGGAUGUGGACAUGAGUGUGUACUACGACAAAGAUGGUGGAGACAAGGAUGCCCGAGACUCUGUCCAAAUGCGGCUAGAACAGAGACUCCGAGAUGGCCAGGAACAUGGCUCUGUGAUUGAACACCAGGUGGGCACCUUUGAGCGCCACACCAAGGGCAUUGGCCGGAGGGUGAUGGAGCGGCAGGGCUGGGCUGAGGGCCAGGGUCUGGGCAGCAGUUGCUCAGGAGUACCCGAGGCCUUGGAUGGUGAUGGCCAGCAUCCCAGAUGUAAGCGUGGAUUGGGGUACCAUGGAGAGAAGCUUCAGCCAUUUGGACAACCGAAGAGGCCCCGUGGAACUGGCUUGGGGCUCAUCUCCACCAUAUAUGAUGAGCCUCUACCCCAGGACCAGAGGGAGUCACUGCUCCGACGUCAGCCACCCACCAGCAUGAAGUUUCGGACAGACAUGGCCUUUGUGAGGGGUUCCACUUGUGCCUUGGACACCCCCACAGAGCCUAAGUGAGGGUUGGAGGCUUCCUUGCAGGAUGACAGCCCUCUGCCUGGGCCUUGUUUACUACCGAAGCAGAAAGGAGUCUGGAAGCAGCAAUCCCUGGAUGUUGUCCGUUUUCUACCUCAGGGCUUUUUACAGCCCCCAAUCCUUGGAUAUUAGAGCUUAAGGACCUUUUCCUCCUACCCCUAGUCCCUUUUGGGCUUGCGCAGUACCUAGAGCUGGACUGCCGGAGACCAUUAACACAAUCUUCCCUGGGGGUCUGAAGGAAGCCGCCAUGGAGGUCAGAGAGAGGGCGAAAGGAGAGGAUUUGUGGUCCCUGGAAGAGGUUUUAGACGGACCAUCCACCGCCUCUGCCCCCACUGGCUGGGACCCAGCUACCGAGAGUCCGCGGGAGGUGGCCCGGGCCUGCGACGUAAUGGGAGAAUAAAAAGGUUUACGACCGGA